AUGGUGGAAACUUUUAAAACUGGCGCGUUUCAAGACUUGUUCUUAAUGACGCCUUGCGUUGGAUUUGUGAUUGUGGCUUUAGCUAAGUCAUACAAAAUAAAACUGCGACGAGAAAUAUUUGAGAAUCUUGUGACUGAGCUGAGAAGUAUGUGGCCUGAAGGUGAGGUCAGUCAAGAGGCGCAUGAAGUGCUAAAUAAAAUGAUCAAGCAAACAAAUUUCGUAGUUAAAGGUUACUUCUGGUGCAAUAUCUGCCUGAUAUUUUUCUUUGUGUCUCCACCGUAUAUCAAUUUAAUAAAGCGUUCCUUGGGACACGAUGUUCCUUUGAUAUUCUCGUUUUUCUACUGGACACCUUUUGAUCCAUAUCAGCCAAUAAUAUAUGAAUCAAUACUUACGGUGCAAACAGUUCAAUGUUAUACAAUAGUUCUUUUGAUGUUAUCUGCAGACUUAUUGUUUUUCCUCUUCGUUAGUAACAUAACAGCACAAUUUAAAUUGUUAGCCCUUAAAAUUAGAAGUAUGAUAUUUGUGCCUGUGGAUGGCCAACUAAUAUCGGAUUAUCCUUUAGCGAAAUAUAUCAAAACAACGAAAAUUGAAGUAGACAUAAGAACAAAUAAACAACAUGAACAACUACUUAUGAAUGAAAUAAAGGACAUGGUUCAACGACAUUUGGAUCUGAUCCGUUUGUAGAGAAAUGGAAUGAGUUAAUUUACAAAUUCUUCCUCACUUCUGCGAUAUCCCAAGUGUGGAUCCUGUGUUGGUAC